AUGGCCAGCACCGGCUCCGCGCCCGGGGGCGCGGGCCCGGGCUCGGGCACGGCGCUGCCCACCCGCUUCCAGGAGACAGAGAAGCUGCUGUCGGCGACAGAGGGCCGGGAGGAGAAGGGCCUCCGCGGCUCCAAAUCCUUCACGGCCGCCUUGCCCGGCGAGACGGAGCGCAACGGGCACGGGCUCGGCUACAAGUCGGUGUCGGUCGGGCACCUGGAGGCGCCGCCGCUGUCGCCGUCCCGGCUGAGCCUGGGCAGAGCCUCGUCCACGGCCACCAGCACGGCGGCGCCGGAGCAGGGCCGCCCGCGGGACUACCUGGUGCUCGCCAUCUUCUCCUGCUUCUGCCCCGUCUGGCCCAUCAACAUCGUGGCCCUCGUCUUCUCCAUCAUGUCGAGGAACAGUGGCCAGCAAGGGGACACGGACGGUGCCCGGCGGCUGGGACGCAUGGCCAGGCUGCUCAGCAUCGUCUCCAUCGUGCUGGGGACCAUCAUCAUCGUGCUCUACAUUUCACUCAGUGUCAGAGCAACUAAAUCAGAGCUCUACAUGUUGAGCUUCACAUCCCAGGGCUCAGAGAGCAGCUGCUCAAAGCUCUAA